GGGCGAGCUCAUUCACUGUGACUGACUGAUCCAUCCAGCUAUUCAAUACUCCACCGGCCGGCGGCUUGUCCGAUGGGCAAGAAGGGCGGCAUCGCCUCCAUCUUCUCCAAGUCGAAGCUCGCCGCCGACCCCGGCUCGCCUUCCCCGCCGUGGCCGUGGCCGUGGCCCUCCUGCGCGAGCAACCCCCAGACUGCCUCCUUCCGCCAGCAGGGCGAAGACCGCGCGUCCUGCACCACGGCAGGUCGCUCCUCUGCCACCGCCACCGCCACCGCCGCGAGGCUCCUCCGCGAGGCGGCCGGCGACGACAUGUACAAGACGGUCAACUCCGUCUACUUCGACUCCGCCGACUCCUGCAGCUUCUUCUUUGACGACGACGGCGAGGCUGGCGACGAAGUGCUGGACCUGGACGACGGGAGCUUCUCGACGACGACCGCGUCGGAGGAGUGGUCGGAGGCUGUCAUCCGCAGCCUCGGACGGACGUCCACCGACCGCUUCUUCUUCGACCCGGGCCCGCCGCCGGCGUCCAACUCCAUCCUCGCCGCGUCGCAGUCGCGGGGGAGUAGGACACUACUACCGCCCGAGGCGAAGGCACCGGCGGCGGCACUGUCCAACGACUCCGACGAUGACGAGGAGCCGUCGUCGACGUCGCUGGUGGAGGAGAGCGUGGCGGUGGCGCUGGACUCGGAGGACCCGUACCGCGACUUCCGGGCGUCCAUGGAGGAGAUGGUGGCCGCGCACGGGCUCCGCAACUGGGCAGCGCUCCAGGAGAUGCUGCUGUGGUACCUCCGGGUCAACGGCAAGCACAACCACGUGCUCAUCGUCGGCGCCUUCGUCGACCUGCUCGUCGGCCUCGCAACCAGCAACUCCGCCACCGUGGAAACGACAACCACCACGACGGCGACAAUGACGACGACGACGACGUGCAGUAGCAGCAGCAGCAGCAGCUCCAGCAGUGGUGGGGAUGUUACUACUACUGCCACAGCUGUAACCAUGGAGGAGCAGUGCGGCGGUGGAACGGAUCCUUCGUGCUCGUCUGCUUCCUCUGAUCGGGACGAGGAGGAGGGGGCUGUUGGGGAGAAGACAAGCGACGGCCAUUGCACUAGUACUGCACUUGAUUCGUCUUGUUCUUGA